AUGCCGUAUGUCUCAAUAUUCCCCUUGAUGAAGGCGAGAGCGGAGCAUGAAGGAGUCGUUUAUUGGAAUCUGCGCAUCUAUUACAAAGAGCGUCUUAUGUUGAUACAGAAUGGAGCGAGCACUGUACCACAGAUGACCCCAGAGACGCAGCAAUACAGAGCAGAGAACCAGACUUGGUCAUACUUCUGGCCUGAGGACAUCUUUCCUGGCAUCGACCCACAGCCUGGUCUUUCUAUACAUGGUAGCGAGUAUCAUUCCUCGCAGCCUGGAGACGCAGUCUCUUCUUCGAACCCAAGUCACAGGGCCCUGACUACACAAGAUCAGCAAAAUGCCUCUCAAUAUGGAGCAGGACAUAAGCUGAAGCUCGGAAGCUCGAAAGAUGCCUGCUCUCCGUGGACUUGUGGCAACUGUAAGGAAGGUGGACAUACCCUGGCAGACUGUACAAAAAAUCUAGACUCUCAUGGUUUCCUUCCUGGUUGUCCGGUGUGCAACACGCUGGCUCAUAACUAUGACGGUUGCCAAAACAAUUCACUCCAGGAGCGGGACCAUGUGAAAGAUUUCCAUUUUCUGGUCUUCAGACGGAUUGGCAAACCUCCCGUCAGGACUAGUCUUGAUUUUCGACAUAUGGGGAAUGGAGAGACUUCAAAGCUGCGAGGAAUGCCACAGACUUAUCAAUUCGCCUUGGAGCGGAAAGAGAGAGGUCUUCCUCAUGACCCUGAAGAGAUAAUAUUCGAUCCGACAUGGAAAAAUAAUCCGAGAGAUAUCAAGGACCAGUCUCAUCCGUUAGAUCGCAUUGCAGCAGCAAGUCUACCGGCCAGAUUCAAUCAAGGGAUGAAAGCCGGUCCUGCUGCUCCCGCUCCGUCUCAGAUGCCCAAUGCAAGACCGAGAGAUCCUAACCACAAUUUCACUGCUAUGGGACACCCAAAUACCGCGGCCCAUACAAAUACCAAUGCCCCUCUUCAUAUGAGCUUCCAACCACAGCUCGUUGCUCAGCAACAACAGAUACCACUGCAACUCGGUAAUGGAGGUGAUCCAAGCUUCCAGUUCCAUGCUACACCUGCAUCGCAUCCACCACCACCAAGAACACCAACGCAAGGAAUGUCCCUGUUCCAGCAGCACCAAAACUUGCAAAGAAACCUUUUAGAUGGAAAUAUCAAUCCCUCUGUUCCAUCCUUCUCACCUUCAGUGAAAAGGCCGCGAAAUUAG